GGGGGUCCUCGGCCGGUGGGGAAGGGGAGAGGGGGGGGGCGAAUGAAAAAAAGAGGGGGAAUUGCGAGAUGCAGAGGGCGAUGAGGCAGCACUUUGCUUGAUGCGGCUUGAUGCUUGAGAUCGUAGAAGACAGCGCUCACGAGAGGUCAACGCCAGAAUCCGUCGAUCUGCAUACCGAGAUACAUUCCAUUUCGGUAUAUAGUCAGUACACAAUGAUACAAGUCAUAUGGCAUGUAUGACGCCACUCAUCUAAUACCCAUCGAUGUGUCGUAUUGCUUCUUCUCUGGAGUUCCGAAACGCGUCGACAGGACCGAGCCGUAGCCGCCGCGCACCUGUCGAAGCCUGGGACCGGCUGCUCGACAGCCGAUCUGGUCCUGUCCAAGCCGAAAACAAAUCCUCCUGUCGAACGCUAUGCCCACCAAGACCGGCCGCUGCUGUUCUGCUCCUGUUCAAUCCCGCGCCCACAUUCGAUGCCCAAUUUCCAUCUUCGGCCACUGGCCGUCCUGCCCACCCAGUUAAUCACCUUUGCCCAUUAGUGAAUGCAUUACCUCAUUUACAGAAUCAUUUGGAAGAAUGCUCGAAAUGCCUGAUUCGUCGAUUCCCAUUUGAUUCUGCAUGUCCAACAUAGCUGUUGCUUAUACAACCCCGCUGCCCUUUCCUCCCAUUCUCCCGAACAGCAAGCACGGAAAGACAAGAACAAAGACGAAGCUCACCAACAUCACCAAACGUCUGGGUGUCAGGGGGCUACCUUCCUUAGGCUAUGCCUUCAGAGCUCGCCGAGGGGUAGAGACGAAAUGGUCUGAGAACUCGAAGUGAGUGGCCAGACCAAUGCCGAAGGAAGAUAGCGUUUGUACGAGUGUGUUGAGCGAGAGAGAAAAGUGUGUACUAGAGAAGACAACAAUAGUGGAUCGAC